CCCGUUGUUGCGCGGUGUUUGACUUGACAGAUGGCUCGCGAGAGACGCUCCUCUCGGCUGUCUCUCUCGGUCCGUUGGUCCAUCCCGGUUCCCAUUGUCUCCCUCCGGUUCACUCCUUGAAGACAGCCCCGAGACGACCGACCUGAACUCACACUCGGCCAUCUCGAUUCCGCUCGUGUCGCUUCUCGCACGUCACAUUUGGACCACUUACCUUCUACCCUGUCCCUCUCCAUCCGAAACGUGGACUUGUUUUUUUUUUCCUCCUGUCUGCCUCUUUUCUUUUUUUGUUGUUGUUGUUUAACGCUGAAGAGAUUUUAUUCAUCGGAGGAAGAAGGCGGUUAAGCGAGUUAAGAGAGCGACGGCCGGCUGACGGAGCUGACACACCGGCGGUUGUGUUGUGGAAGCUGAUGGAGAUGAGCCGGAGGAGGACUUCUUCUUCUUCUCCUUCUUCUCCCUCUUUUCCUUCUUCUUCUUCUUCUUCUUCUUCUUCUUCUUAGCAAACAGGGGCGCCGAAUUCAGCUCCCAACCUGUGUUGACACAACGCAACAAACCUGGCAACAAUUCCGAGUGGAUAAAUUACCAAAUUCAGUUGGAUAAAAGCGAAAUACACGGGAUUACAAGCGAGGUUUCGGAGGGGGGGGGGAGGUUGAAACCGUCGGUUGAACGAACGUUAGAGGAUGUUGCCGCUGCAUGCACGAGACUUCCCCUGAGAGCAGACAAGAGGAAAGGAGGCAGGGAAAGAAACCACUCGCACUUGUUUUCUCUCCACACUGAAAAAGACAAAUUAGCCACAUCCAAGUAGCGCUUACUCGGGAUUUAUUCGACUAAGAGGAGCACUUAAUCCUGUGGAGUACACCCAUCUAAUCUCACCAGCCACAGUCCCCUCAGUGUUUGCUGCACCGUGACAGUCCAGUGUAUUCAGCCCCCUCUUGAUGAAAUAAGGAUGCGGUCAGUGGACGUGGCGGUGGUGGUGACGGUGGUGGUCGACAGCCGGACUCUCUAGUCCAAGCGGGCGAUGACUGGACAAGUGGUCUCUGUGUGGACGUAGUUUGGGAAAGUGUCAAGAGAGCUCACAGGAAUCAGAAAUCUGAAUUCACUCCCCCCCCUCCAGUCAAAUCAAAGAUGCAGCACACCACCUGAUCUAUCAGUCGCAGUCGGCUUGAGCCAGGCUCUGUGGAUACACCAAGAGCAAUUUGUGGACUUGAAUCCUCCUCAAGCCCCCUCCCCUCCACCCUCCAUCUGCAUCUCUGAUCCCCUGACCCACCUCCUCCCUGUGUGCUGGGAAUCCAAAGGGACCACGCUCCCCGGCUGCUCACCUGUCAGCAACCCCUCCAAUCUGAAUGAAGUAGUGGCCUUUUUUAAAAAAAGAAAAAAAAAAAAAUUCCCCUGAGCUCAGAGCCAGCACCCGGGGCUGACACUCUGCUCUGUGAGGCCGAGCAGGGAGCGCCUCUACCUGGGCUGCCAGCCAGACAGACGGGCCCUCCAGGGGAGGGGGAGUGGGGCUUUUGGAUUUUUGAAGGUCCAGCUGGGAGUUUUGGGAGGUUUUUUUUUUUUUUCUCUCUCGUUGUUUUUUUGUUUUUUCAAGCCAGAGUUUCUUCUCCACGUGGACCACUGGAGCGAGGGAGGGAGGACACCAUGGGGUGCUGUAGUGGCAGGUGCACCUUGGCCUUCAUCUGUGGCAUGCAGCUGGUCAGCGUGUUGGAGCGUCAGGUAAUAGACUUCCUGGGCUACCAGUGGGCUCCCAUCCUGACCAACUUCCUCCACAUCAUCAUCGUCAUCCUUGGCCUGUUUGGCACGAUUCAGUUCAGGCCGAGAUAUGUUACUGGGUACGCAGCCUGGCUGGUCGUGUGGAUGACCUGGAAUGUUUUCAUCAUCUGUUUUUACCUGGAGGUUGGGGAUCUGUCCAGAGACUCUGACCUUGUCCUGACGUUCAACCUGUCCAUGCAUCGCUCCUGGUGGAUGGAGAACGGCCCCGGGUGCAAGGUGACACCCAUCAAUCCCCCUCCCUCCUGGGCACCCGAGGACCACCGAUAUAUAUCUAUAUCUGGCUGUCUGAUGGAUUUUCAGUUCAUAGAGGUGGCUCACUCCUCGCUGCAGAUACUCCUGGCUCUGAUGGGUUUUAUCUACGCCUGCUAUGUGGUCAAGCUCAUUUCAGAAGAAGAGGAUAGCUUUGACUUUAUAGGAGGGUUCGACUCGUACGGUUACCAGGGGCCUCAGAAGACCUCCCACCUUCAACUACAGCCCAUGUACAUGUCAAAGUAAAGCCAGGAGCUACACGAGGAGCGCUGCCUUACCAGUCACCACUGCUUAACAUCCUGCUUUUACUACUCCGACUGUCUUUUAAUGAGCAACAACCAGGACACAGACAGACAGGAUACAGAAGACACUGAGACACUUUCAACCUACAAUCUCCUUCCCUCCCCUCCCCAGUACUCGGUCCGAUUGUUUGCCUGGUUUUGCCCUCUGUUGUUUUUCACGGAGUUGGAUCUGUUCCUGGUGAAACGCUGGCCUCUUGUGGUUGAACACGGUAACUGCAGGACAUGUGUGACAGCCAGCCCCAGUUACAACAGGUUUUUGUUCUUUGUUUUGUUUUUUUUCGUGUCUCUGAGGGAUCAAUCAGGAGCCAGUGACUUGCUUGCUUCCUCUUGUGCCGUUGGGUAUCUGCAUUGUGAAAAGAAAAACCAAAGAGGCCGCGGCUCAUUGGUGGAUUGCUGAUGCGUUUUUCUUUCUGGGGGGGGCCCUCUUCAGGACAGAUGUUAAUAUGGAGCCUCUGUUUUUUGUUGUGGUAUCUAACAGCUCUCGAGUGCAGAUACCAAAGAGACACUUCAACGUGUACACAACAGAGUUUAUCCGUCUCUGGAACGUUCAGCUCUUUGUGCCUGACAGAUAAAGACACUGGACUUCCAACCAUCAAGCAUCUACUAACACGACUGCCGAUACAGGAAUGUCACACAACUUUUUUCUUUUUCAACUUUCUGGUGCAUUCGGGGGGAGGGAGUGUUGUCACGUCGGAAACAUUGAAUGUUAAAUAACAAGUGUGUGGUGUGUAGAUUAACAUACUGUCACUUCAUACAGUGCAUGUGUACAGGAAAACAGACACGCUCGGAUACAUCAAGCAUGCACACACACACGCACUCACACACAUAACAGAUGUAUUAACUUUUUUUUUUACAACUAAUGUGAAUCUUAAUGUUUACAAUAGAAUUUCAGUCUGCCGAGACAGAAAGACUGAACACCGGACAGACAGACAGACAGGAGACUCUGUGACAUUUUUAGCUGCAGCAUCCCAACAGGCUGUGGGGUGUUUUCUGCCAUAUUAAAACAAAGGGGAGCGGUUUGUUCCCGCUGUGUCUUUUGGUCUCUUCCCGUCUAAAUAUUUUGUCUUCCAUCUGAGACAGACCGGCGGAGGUAGAUAGAGACAAAGAAGAAACAGCCGCCGAAAGAGGGAUUGAGGUCAGUCAACAGUUUUCCCCUCCACCUCUCGUCUUUUUGUAGCUCUCGAUUGCCAAGCCUCCAUUGAUACUCACCCAUUUCUUUUCAGCGCGGCAACUUAUUCUCUUGCUUUAAAAAAAAAAACCUGCUGUGAUCCCAGUACGGCUUCCCAGAACAGCCUUAUCUGAAGCGUCCACAGAAAUAGUUCAAGCAGCAGCCAAAAAAGAAAAAGAAUCGUCCACAGGCUACGCUUACAUAAAGAGAAAAAUACACGCCGUUUACAGAAAUGACAAAAUGACAAUCACAGUCAGAGUGGCCUGAAUAUCAUCCAGAUUGGCUUUUUUUUCCUCUUUUUUUUUGGUGACAAAAAGCAGACAAAUGACUGUUGUCAUCGAGCAGGAGCAAAGCAUCUGAGUUAGACGGUUUGAUUAUUGUUUUGAUUGGAGGGAAUGGAAACGACAGAGGCUGAUUCUUCGACGACACCCCUCACCUGCAGACUAACUAGGACGAAACAUUAUACCCCCGCCUCCUUCCCCUGCACCUCACUGCUCGAAUUUUAAUGUUGAAAGUGCCAACUGUGUCACCACGAGGAUAUCUGUAGAGCCUGGUUUCUAUAAGCCGCAGACUGGGACCAAAAUAAUGGCUCUCAGGUUCUUUUUCUUGGGUUCCAGUGUAAGAACAAAUAGAAAGAAAAUCACAUUUGCAUUCCAGGCUGUCAGCAGGUUUUCUUUUUGUUUGUUUUUUUAAUCUGCUCGGAAAAAAAAUCAAACCGAUUCCUUCUGGAAAAUGUGACUGAACAGUUCACAUUUGUGGACCAAAAGUUUCGAGGCCUUCAAGGUACGUUUCUGGGCGCAAACACUGACUGAAGGAUGGACUGAAUGACCGACUAUUUCGCCUCAACAAACUGAUCUCAAAGUCCACCUUCCUCCUCCUCCCUCCCCUCCGCCUGCCGGUUAUCUUCAGCAGUAUAUGUUUUGUAACAUAACUGUGUGGGUUACGUUCAGAGCCGCUGGCCCCCCGUGAGGCUCCGCUCACGGUCACUCUGGAGGAGAGGAAAACAACAUUUUUGUGUGUUUGCAUGAGUCGUUUCCCAAACUGUUGCGUAUUUAAUCUCAUGCUGCGUGUGACUAACUAGCUACUUAAAAGUGGGAACUGUUUGGUUUGUCGAAUGCUCCUCAACUCUCUCCAGAGAGUCCUAAAUGUGAAACUUUGUGAUUUUUUCUAUAAAUAACACAGUCUGAAAUGUCUGCCGAGUAAAGGAGUAAAAAUAGCUACUACAAUGUAAAACGAUGAAAUGUAACUUUGAACUUCUAGACGUUUUUUAAUCACGUGGCCGUGUUUACUGUUUUUUCUAGUUGACUACUAAUGUAUGAUGUUGUGUACAAGUGGGACUACUAUGUUUUAUUUCUUCUAAUUGUACAGCGUAUUUGGAAAUGAGCGAGCGAGAGGAGGACAGGAGGAAAGAGAAAUUAGUCACACUAUAGUCUGUAAUUCUUCCACGAUCCCUUCUGUCAGGGCGCAUAAUUAACUUUACAGUAUUCAUUUAUACUUCAAUUAUCAAACAACACCACGCGCUGCUUUUCCGUAAAUAAAGCGACUGCAGAUAAAGAGUCCCUUUUUUUUUUCCAAAAUUCAAAUCAGGAGCUAAUGUGGUGAAAAAGGGUCACACAUCCAUUAUUUAGAAGCUUAAUUAAAAAAGAUAGUCGCUCCUGUCAUUAGCAAAUGACGCUAUUUGAACUGAAAGUUAAUUUAUUUUUGUAUUUAUUUGCCUUUAAUUGAGUCGAUCAGUUCAGUGUUACCUAACAAAUGCAACACAUUGAACAUAACGUGAGACUGAAGCAAUCAGAAAGGAUUUAGGACGUAUAAUGUGACUCCCGUGUGUGUGCGUAUGCGUGUGUGCGUGCGUGUUAGACUUUGUACUGCAGUACGCCGUUUCUGUGUCAUGGUGAACUCGAACAACACUUGAACCCAGAGGCUGCAGAGCGACACCUUUCAACCCGGAUCAGUCACAAGGAAAUUAAAGAUCUCAUCUGAGAUUUUGUUAAUGAAAAAGCAAUAACAACAUUAAUAACAUAUUAAAAAGUAAUAACAAUGACAGGAUUUAUCUUUUAUCUUCACGGUCGUUUGAUCACAUUCUCACUUUGGAACAGUCAACAGAGCGUUCGCCUGUAGAUGCAAGAAGGCACAUCUGUACAGAGAGCGGUAAAUAUUAGCAGAAGAAGUCGGAGCUGUUAUUUUGUUGUCGGUGUCAAUAAACAUUCAGUCAAGCUAU